AUACGUGCCUCAGCGUCCAGAGUACAGUCGCCUCCUGCGCGCGUGUGUUGUGACAAGUUGUUUACUUUUGGUUCUUCUUCUCGUGUUUGGGUCGUUUUGGGCUGUUUUUGGCAGCGCAUCCACUGAUGAUUAUUCGCUCGAAGAUCAAGGUUAUUUUUUGACGUGUUAGCGGCUCAGACGGAGAGCCGUAAGCUUACAAUUGGAGCCUACAUUCAGUUGGUUAAUAUCAGGCCAGUCGUUUGGACGCAACGGCCAAGAAAAGGCACCACCAAUCCAUAAACAUAAACAGAAGAGGCGAUUCGAGGCGCUGCAGAGCGGAGCCAGCCACUUCCUAAUCGAUCGAGCAAACGAAAGUGGAAAUGUGCGAAAUUGCCACCUGAGAUCACCUGAGCGAGAAUCGUGUUGGCCAAAAGUCUCAGUUGGAUCUGUGUUCCCAUCAUUGUCUCCAGUGCCAGCGAUACGAAAUAUUCGUUAGAAGCCAACACACACACACGCACAGCAACACACUUGCAUACAUAGCCAGCAAUGACGGAGGCUGUCACAGCCAUUGGCGGAACAGGGACAACAGCACUGCCAGCCGGCUUCGAUCCGACCGCAGAGGCGGUGGAGAAGACGCUCUGCUUUCGAGGAUUCUGGGCGUGGUGCGUGCUCCUGCUGCUGAUCGGGAUCUGUGCACUGUUCGUUAUGUGGCUGCUGCGCAAGUGCAUCCAGGGCCCCGUCUACCGCAAGGCGAACCGCAUCGAUGGCAAGGUGGUGAUCGUCACCGGCUGCAACACGGGCAUCGGCAAGGAAACGGUGUUGGAGCUGGCCCGAAGGGGGGCCAAGGUGUAUAUGGCCUGCCGCGACCCGGGACGCUGUGAGGCAGCCCGCAUCGAGAUCAUGGACCGCACCCAGAACCAGCAGCUAUUCAAUCGCAGCCUGGACCUCGGCUCCCUGGAGUCCGUUCGCAACUUUGUGGCCCGCUUCAAGUCGGAGGAGUCGCGCCUGGAUCUGCUGAUCAACAACGCUGGCAUCAUGGCUUGUCCCCGAUCCCUCACCGCCGAUGGCUACGAGCAGCAGCUGGGCGUAAACCAUUUGGGCCACUUUCUGCUUACCAACCUGCUGCUCGACCGGCUCAAGCAGGCCAAGCCCAGCCGGAUCGUGGUGGUCAGCUCGGCAGCCUACCUCUUUGGGCGCAUCAAUCGCGAGGACAUCAUGAGCGAGCGCAAGUACAGCAAGUUCUUUGGAGCCUACAGCCAGUCGAAGCUGGCUAACAUCCUCUUCACCCGCAAGCUGUCGGCCCUGCUGCACGACACUGGGGUCACGGUCAACUGCUGCCACCCAGGCGUGGUCCGCACCGAGCUGAAUCGCCACUUUGCCGGCCCCGCCUGGCUGAAGAGCGCCCUGCAGGUUGUCUCGCUGUACUUCUUUAAGAGCCCCAAGGCCGGGGCCCAGACCACGCUGCGCCUGGCCCUCGACCCGUCACUGGAGGGCUCCUCCGGCGGCUACUAUUCGGACAGUAUGCGCUUCCCCCUGUUUCCCUGGGCACGCAACACGGACACAGCCGACUGGCUGUGGCGGGAGAGCGAGAAGCUUGUGGGUCUGCCCCCCAUAGAGCCGCCACCGGUACAUAAUGGCAAUGGGAGCACCAACGGGAGUGCCAACGGUAAUGGCAGCACAGGUACCGCACCCGCAGACACAGUCGACACCGUUGUGGUAAAUCGCUCGUAGUCGUCGUAGUCAUAAGGGAGAUGUUCGAUCAAUACUGUACCAAGACUGGGGUUCGGUUCGAAGACCUUGCACUUAAUUUAUUUGAUAGUUUUUAAUACCCUUGCAGAGAGUUCUGCAAGUCGAUCUGCAAGGGUAUCAAAAGCUUCGGCCCCACCGAAGCUGACUUUCUUUUCUUGUUGUUUUUU